AUGCUGGAAGUCCAGAAAAUGGAGGCCGGAGAUAGCGCACGGCUCGCCCUUUUGGCCGCGCUCCAGGUCUACAAUGAGAGUGAUAUCCCUAUAGAUGAGAGACCCGAAGACGAUGACUGCCGUCUAAGUACUUCGGAAAUUAUACAGGAGAGAUCAAAGAUCUUUGCUGAUAUCCCCUUUUCGGUUGCUGAGUGUGAGAUGGCAUGGACUGAUAUAUGUGCCUUUGUUCAUAAAAAUAAAGAGACUGGAGUUAUAACGUGCCAUCGACCUUCGGCGAGAGCGAAGCUGAUGGCGUGGGAGAAGAUGGUGGAGGGAGCUACGCUGCAUGGUAUCGACCUGGGGAAGCAAUUCCUUGUUGAAGACCUGUGGAGUGCCGUUAUCGAGGAGGCCGAGCAUACAGUGAUCGAUGAAUACCCCUUUCCCAGAACAUUGUUUGACGCCAUCGUGCGUAGACUUUUGGAUGAUUCGUCAGACCUUGACGCGACCCUGAAAUACACUCUCGUUUAG